CGCCCGGGGAAGCGGAGGAGAAGGAGCCUCUCCCCAGAGCCCCCCACCGAGCCCUGGUCCGGCGAUGCCGAGGGUGAAGCGGGAGAAGGAAGAGGAGGAGGAAGGGCGGCCGCUCGCGGAAUAGAAGCGCGGCGGGAGCGGGGCCGGCAGCUGCCCCGCCGGGCUGCCGCAGGCACCGCGGGGGUCCCCGACCCGCCUGGCCGGCGGCCCCCGCGCCCGCGGGAGGGAGGGAGCGCCCGGCGCCCGCCCCGGCCGCCGCCGCCGCCCGGGCGCCCCGCGGAGCAGCGCGGUGGGGCAGCCCCGCCGCGCCCGUCUAUGGGGCGGCGCUGAGCGGCGGCGCGGCGGGAGGGCGCCGGGGGCAGCAUGAAGUCCCUGCUCUUCAGCCGCUUCCUCCUGCUACUGCCCUGGGUGCUCAUCGUCAUCAUCGUGCUGGACAUCGACAGCAGCCGGGCGCCGCUGCCCGCGCUGUCCCCCCGCGGCGGGGCCGAGGGCGGUAGCGGCGGGGCGCGGCCGCCCGCCCCGCGGCGGCUGCCCGAGGCCGCGCUGCCCACCAUCUAUGCCAUCACGCCCACCUACAGCCGCCCGGUGCAGAAGGCCGAGCUCACCCGCCUGGCCAACACCUUCCGGCAGGUGUCGCGGCUCCACUGGAUCCUGGUGGAGGACGCGGCGGCGCGCAGCGAGCUGGUGACCCGCUUCGUGGCGGGCGCCGGGCUGCCCUGCACGCACCUGCACGUCCCCACGCCGCGCCGCUACAAGCGCCCGGGGCUGCCCCGCGCCACCGAGCAGCGCAACGCCGGCCUGGCCUGGCUGCGGCAGCGGCACCAGCACCUGCCGCCCCCGCAGCCCGGGGUGCUCUUCUUCGCCGACGACGACAACACCUACAGCCUGGAGCUGUUCCAGGAGAUGCGGACGACGCGCAAGGUGUCGGUGUGGCCCGUGGGCCUGGUGGGAGGCCGGCGGUACGAGCGCCCAGUUGUGGAGAACGGCAAGGUCGUCGGCUGGUACACGGGCUGGAGAGCUGACAGGCCCUUUGCUAUUGACAUGGCAGGAUUUGCUGUAAGUCUUCAAGUGAUCCUGUCGCAUCCCAAAGCCGUAUUCAAGCGCCGUGGUUCUCAACCAGGAAUGCAAGAAUCUGAUUUUCUGAAACAGAUAACAACAGUGGAGGAACUGGAGCCAAAAGCAAAUAACUGCACAAAGGUUCUUGUAUGGCACACCCGAACAGAGAAAGUGAAUCUAGCUAACGAGCCAAAGUACCACCUGGACACAGUCAAUAUUGAGGUAUGACGUGCGGGGACAGUCCCACGGCAAGAGCAGGACAAUGGACCCAACAGCGCCUGUUCCAGUUCGGACAGCUAAAAUCAUCUGCUUCUGCCUGAGACCUGACAGACUUCUGUGGAAACAAAAGGAAGCUUUCAGAGACUCUAAUAAGCAAAUCAAGUGGGUGUGCUUUGUUCUAACUUGUCUGCAUGCAUUUCUGAACUCUCAGCUUAAUAAACUGACACUUACCUUUGUUUUAACGCUGUUUCCACAUAGAGAAACAUGGCUGCAAUGGAGUAUUUUCAAAAUCAUAAUUUAUGUAUAUACUUUUUGUAUUUAUCCAGCUUAAUGGUGUAAUUAUAAACUGAUUUUAACUCACAAACUGUUGGUCUAAAUAUCUGUAUAAAUGGAUCCUCCAAACUGAACAUGUUUUACUUCAUUAAAAGUAGUGGUCAAAGAGGUCAUACAUGAAAUAAAAAACCCACAAUCAUUUACGGAUUUAUCCUUUUAAUAUAGGGAAAUAACAUUUUAUCAUUACGAGGCACCAUAAAAUGUAAACACAAUCACUGUCAUAAACCUGGAUCUCUCUGCAAGACAAAAUAUAUCUGUUCACACUGAGUUACCUUGAAUGCAUAUUGUGCUGUCAGUUCUCAGCUUUAACACCUCCUGAGCCAGGCCGGAGACUUGACCACAGGAAAUUCAAAUGCAUCAAAUGCUCAUCUUUAAAAGAAUAAACUAUUGAUUUGUAGAACUACAGUAA